CCUUAGGAUUGAACGGUUUUUAAAAAACGUCAUGACGUAUGUAAUUUCAGUUCUCGCGAGAGUACGAUCACACCAGAGAGGCAGGGAAGAUGGCGGCGCAGGAGACUGAAGCAGCAAGACAACCAGCCCUAAGCAACGGCGAGGUGAGCAGCAAUGGAGCUGCGGGAGGAGAGCAGGCCGUUCAGACUGCGCAGGCUGCGCAGGACCCGCAGCAGCAGCAGCAGCAGCAGCCGCCGCCCAACGCAUGGCAGGUUAUUAAAGGCGUUCUGUUCAGGAUCUUCAUCAUCUGGGCGAUCAGCAGCUUGUUCCGCAGGAGUCCGGCCACGCCGGAGCAGAGCGGGCCAGCCGGUGCCCCACGGGUACCCAGCCGUAACCUCUUCCCCAAGGACACCCUCAUGGAUUUGUAUGUCUACGUUACCCAGGAUGAGCACUUCUCUGAGUUCAAUGAUACAGAGGGCCUAUUCUGGUACCAAAGGGAUCUGGUGUACGGAGACUGGGUCACCGGGGACAACCAAGAUGGCUGCUAUGAGCAGUACCAGGAGAUGGACAUCCCUGAGGUGGGGUGGGACUUGGGGGUUUGCCUGAGAUUGGCUCACCGGUCCUGUCUGUGUGUCUUUGGUUUGUCGGUUAUCAGAGAAUAUGAUGUAUCAUGCGUAACCCCUUCUCCUUUCCUCUCAGUGCUGAACAAGUACAAGCGCAGAAAGUUCCUGAAGACCAAAAACCUGCUGACUGGCGAGACUGAGGCCGACCCCGAGAUGAUCAAGCGAGCGGAGAGCCACGGUCCAGUAGAGGUGAUUUCCCAUUGGCACCCCAACCUCACCAUCAACAUGGUGGACGACCACACAGCCUGGGUGAAGGGCUCUGUGCCCCCACCUCUGGAUCAACAUGUGAAAUUCGACGCGGUGAGCGGGGACUACUACCCCAUCGUCUACUUUAAUGACUACUGGAACCUGCAGAAGGACUACUACCCCAUCAACGACACGCUGGAGAAGCUCCCGCUGCGCCUGACCUUCUGCCCCCUCUCGCUGUGGCGCUGGCAGCUCUACGCCGCCCAGAACGCCAAGUCCCCCUGGAACUUCCUGGCCGACGAGACCUAUGAGCAGUCGGACGAGGACCAGGACUCCGUCAAGGUGGCUCUGCUGGAGACCAAUCCCUACCUGCUGGGCGUGACCAUCGUGGUGUCCAUCGUCCACAGCAUCUUCGAGUUCCUGGCCUUCAAGAAUGACAUCCAGUUCUGGAACAGCCGGCAGUCCCUGGAGGGGCUCUCCGUGCGCUCCAUCAUCUUCGGCGUCUUCCAGUCCCUCGUGGUCCUGCUCUACAUCCUGGACAAUGAGACCAACUUCGUGGUGCAGGUCAGCGUCUUCAUCGGGCUGCUCAUCGACUUCUGGAAGAUCACCAAAGUCAUGGACGUCAAGCUGGACAGAGAGAACAAAUUGGCUGGAAUCAUCCCACGCUUGGUCUUCAAAGACAAGUCCACGUAUGUCCAGUCCUCCACCAAAAUCUACGAUGACAUGGCCUUCAGGUACCUGUCUUGGCUGCUGUACCCGCUGUUUGGCUGCUAUGCUGUCUACAGCUUGUUGUACGUGGAGCACAAAGGCUGGUACUCCUGGGUUCUGAGCAUGUUGUACGGCUUUUUGUUAACCUUCGGCUUCAUCACCAUGACGCCCCAGCUCUUCAUCAACUACAAGAUGAAGUCAGUGGCCCACCUCCCGUGGAGGAUGCUGACCUACAAGGCGCUGAACACCUUCAUCGAUGACCUGUUUGCCUUUGUCAUCAAGAUGCCCAUGAUGUACAGAAUAGGCUGCCUCAGAGAUGAUGUAGUGUUCUUCGUCUACCUGUACCAGCGCUGGAUCUACAGAGUGGAUCCCAACCGCGUCAACGAGUUUGGCACCAGCGGGGUGGACCAACCCAGGGACAGCUCAGAGCAGGGGGCGACGAGCGGCGAGCCGGCCGCCAUCACAGAUAAACCAGAGGGGGAGAAAAAGAACGACUGAGAGCAGGAAGCGCCCAUACCCCCCCGCCCCCACCCCUUGUCCAACCUCUCCCAGAGGAGAUGAUUCGCCGAGGCGAGGCAGAGUUUGUUUCAUUGGCUGGGGAAGAGAACAGAGCUACUGUAUUCUGUAAUGGGCACCUCAACCAAUUCACUUCAACUUUCCUUUUUGUUUGUUGGGAUCCAUGACAGGUCAUGUUUAAUAUAGACUUCAUGUUUUGUUUUUUUUAUUCCCCUUUUUGCAGUUCCAGUGAAGUAAAGUGUGAUUGUACUGUAUUGUAAUUUUUUUCCAACUGUUGAGUCUUGGACAGAGGGGUGGGGGGGGGCAGUGCAUAUCUCCAUAUUUUAAAAUGACUGGGUUGGGUGAGGGAGGGGGAAAAAAGGAACCAAGCAUGAUUCUGCUGUCUGUGGAUUCCUUGUGAAUUUUCAUUCCAUGUGUAUGCCUUGCUUUUGGGGCAACUGGUAAAACUGGCAACAUUAUCUAGUCUGGGGGAGGGUUGGUCUUGUCUGUAAAUUGAGCCAAAAUGGCUGAUGGCUGACCCUACCCAAACACUACACACAUUGAGGCUACCCUAGAUUUUAAACAAGAUAAUUGAUGUUCCGAACUUAAGCAGCCUUGUAGGUAUUAAUAUCUGAUGAUAAUAUUAACAAUGAUGUUGACUUGAUUUUGUUUCUCAGUAAUUUUUUUUUUCCUUUUGUAUGUACUGAAACUGUACAGAAUCACAGCUUGUACUCUUGAUAAUACUGAUGUCAAACUCAAAUAUUAUAGCCGAUGUACGACGUGUAAUUUUGCCCCGGAUUGCCCACUUGAAUUCUGCUGCGUUUGCACUUCUAGCCGUAGCUGCAAGGCCUCUUUGUCUAAUACAGUAGAGUCCCAACA